AUGGCGUCUCUUCUCACAAACGGUAUCUCCAGCUUUUCUCCACAACCCACCACCGAUUCCUCCAAAUUACCAAAAGGGUUCCUCCCAAAACUCGAUUCCCUCAAAUUCCCAUCCCCAAAAACUCUAAAUCCAUCCUCGACGAGAGGACUUUUCAAAGUCAGAGCUGAUGUCGGAGACUCUCGUAAACCCGGACCUGAAUCAGGUAACUCUUCUUCCGCCGAUAAGCUUCAACAGUAUUUCCAGAAUUCAGAUUACGAUAAGAAAUACGGAUUCGUCGGAGAUUUCGAGUCGGUCACAAUCGAUAAAGGAUUAUCUGAAAAGACGAUCCGAUCCAUUUCGAAGUUGAAAGAAGAACCAGAUUGGAUGCUUGAGUAUAGGCUCAAAGCUUAUGAGAAGUUUCUGAAAUUGGUAGAACCUAAAUGGUCAGAUAAUAGGUAUCCUUCGAUCAAUUUCCAGGAUAUGUGUUACUACUCUGCUCCUAAGACUAAACCAACUUUGAACAGUUUAGAUGAAGUUGAUCCUAAGCUUUUAGAGUAUUUCGAAAGAUUAGGUAUUCCUUUGACAGAGCAGAAACGAAUGAGUAAUGUUGCGGUUGAUGCGGUUUUCGAUAGUGUUUCGAUAGCUACUACUCAUAGGAAGACUCUAGAGAAAGCCGGUGUGAUCUUCUGUUCGAUAUCCGAAGCUAUUAGAGAGCAUCCGGAUUUGAUUAAGAAGUAUCUAGGAAGAGUUGUGCCUAGUGAUGAUAAUUACUACGCGGCUUUGAAUUCGGCUGUUUUCAGUGAUGGGUCGUUCUGUUAUAUACCGAAGAACACUAGAUGCCCGAUGCCUAUUUCGACUUAUUUCCGGAUUAACGCGAUGGAAACGGGUCAGUUCGAGAGGACUUUGAUUGUUGCAGAGGAAGGGAGUUUUGUUGAGUAUUUAGAAGGAUGCACUGCUCCUUCGUAUGACACGAAUCAGCUUCAUGCUGCUGUGGUUGAGCUCUAUUGUGGGGAAGGAGCUGAGAUCCAAUACUCGACGGUGCAGAAUUGGUAUGCUGGGGAUGAAGAGGGUAAAGGCGGGAUUUACAAUUUCGUCACAAAGCGUGGUCUUUGCGCCGGGAAUCGUUCCAAAAUCUCUUGGACUCAGGUUGAGACAGGUUCGGCGAUAACUUGGAAGUACCCCAGUGUGGUUUUGGAAGGAGAUGAUUCGGUUGGGGAGUUUUACUCUGUUGCAUUGACUAAUAACUAUCAACAAGCUGAUACAGGGACUAAGAUGAUUCACAAAGGAAAAAACACCAAAAGUAGAAUCAUUUCAAAGGGAAUUUCGGCCGGGCAUUCGAGAAACUGUUACCGUGGUCUUGUUCAGGUUCAAUCCAAAGCUGAGAAUGCUAAAAACACUUCAACUUGCGACUCAAUGCUUAUCGGUGAUAAAGCAGCUGCAAAUACCUAUCCAUACAUCCAGGUAAAGAAUCCAUCAGCGAGAGUGGAGCACGAAGCGAGUACCUCAAAGAUUGGAGAAGAUCAGCUCUUCUAUUUCCAGCAGAGAGGAAUCGAUCACGAGAGAGCAUUAGCGGCGAUGAUAUCUGGAUUCUGCAGAGAUGUCUUCAACAAGCUGCCUGAUGAAUUUGGAGCUGAAGUUAACCAGCUCAUGAGCAUCAAGCUUGAAGGAUCAGUUGGUUAA